AUGAGCGAGGAGGAAGACCCGGCUCAGAUGUGUAGGGGAAUGACAGAGGAGGAGGAGGAGGAGGAGGAGGAGGAGAGGAUUAAACAAAUGAAAGAGGAUGAAGAGCUGGAGGAUGCCAGCGCGGAGGAGGUGGAGAGCACAAACGGGAAAAACCUGGAGCCGAGAGGAGAUGGCUGCACGAUACCACGUCAAUCUGCCGUGGGGCGCUAUCAGAUAGGCACUGAUGGAGCCCUCCAGAAAAACUAUAUACUUCCAGCUAUUGAAUAUUUCAAUGGAGGGCCGCCAGCAGAAACAGAUUUUGGUGGUGAUUAUGGAGGGACGCAGUAUGGCCUUGUGGUGUUCAACACGGUGGACUGUGCUCCGGAGUCGUAUGUCCAAUGUCACGCGCCCACAAGCUCUGCCUUUGAGUUUGUUUCGUGGAUCGACAGUAUCCAGUUUAUGGGAGGCGGAGCAGAGAGCUGCAGUCUGAUCGCAGAGGGUCUUUCUGUGGCCUUGCAGCUUUUUGACGACUUUAAAAAGAUGAGGGAGCAAAUAGGUCAAACCCACAAAGUGUGUGUGCUGCUUUGUAAUUCUCCUCCAUACCUGCUCCCUGCUGUGGAGAGCGUCACUUACACCGGCUGCACCGCGGACAGCCUGGUCAAGAUCAUCAGAGACAGAGGAAUUCACUUCUCCGUGGUGGCUCCCCGGAAGCUGCCGGCCCUGAGGGCUCUGUUUGAGCGGGCGUCUCCGGUCGGGGGGGCGGUCGAACCGCUGCCCGACUACAGUCAGGAUCCGUUCCACAUGGUUCUGGUCAGGGGAAUCUCACUACCCGUUUCGUCAGGAGGAGGACCCGGGCCGCUCAAACCUGUCCUCCCUCCUCAGCCGCUGCCUGGUGGAGCUUCGCAGCCCCCUCCCCCCAUUAACCCAAACCAUACUUAUCAGAAUUCGGCCCCCAUGACUCCUGCUCAGGUGGCUGCACAGAUGGCCGUGGAAGCGGCCAACAACCAGAAAAAUCGCUUCCCAGGGAUGGUCAGUCAAGGCCCUCAGUUCACCGGUCAGCCGACCAUCCCAUCGGUCCCUGGAAUGAAGCCCAGCCAGCCCAACAUGUCCACGGUAACCACGGCAAACCAGCCGAUGAUGCCCCAGCAGGUUCCCACCAAUCAGCAGCAGCCAGUCCCUCCCCCAGGCCAGCCGGCGCCCAACCAGCAACCCCAGGCACCGCCCCAGCAGCAGCCCUCCGCCAAUCAGGCCCCGGUGCCCUCGGCCCAGCCCAACAUGGCUGGAGGUCAAGGCAAUGCAAACGCUGCUGGACAACCUCAAGGUGUGGCUAAUAAGAUAUUGGCAUGGACCGGUGUUCUGGAAUGGCAAGAGAAGCCGAAAGCCUCGUCGAUGGACUCUUCCACCAAACUGACUCGUUCCCUGCCGUGCCAAGUGCAUGUCAACCAAGGAGAGAAUCUAAACACAGACCAGUGGCCGCAGAAGCUCAUCAUGCAGCUGAUCCCUCAACAGUUACUGACAACCUUAGGACCCCUCUUCAGGAACUCUCGAAUGGUUCAGUUUCUCUUCACCAACAAAGACCUGGAGGCACUAAGGGGCCUCUACCGCAUCAUGGCCAACGGCUUUGCGGGCUGCGUCCACUUCCCCCACACCACUUCACCGUGUGAAGUGCGGGUGCUGAUGCUGCUCUAUUCUUCCAAGAAGAAAAUAUUCAUGGGCCUCAUCCCCAACGAUCAGAGUGGCUUCGUCAACGGCAUCCGGCAAGUCAUCACCAACCACAAGCAGGUCCAGCAGCACAGAGUGAUGGCCGGGGCGGGAGCGCCGAUGCAGCCAGGUCAAGUUCCCCCCAAUCCCGGCUUUCUCAACAGGCCUCCUGGUCCUAUUCCCGUUUCCCAUGGUAACGUCCAGCAGCAGUCUGUGGUGGUGGGUAUGCCCCCCGUUAGUCAGGUCUCUAUGAUGGAGGAGCAGCAGAGGCAGAACAACAUGAUGGCCAUGAGGGCGGCCGGACCGACCAAUCCGCAGGCGGCAGUGAGCGGAGCCCCGCCCAACCAGGUCGCGCAAGGCGGCCAGCCCCAGCCUCAGGGUCCCAUUCUGCGCCUCCCCAACCCGGGGGCCAACCCUCAGCUCCGCAGCCUCCUCCUCAGCCAGCAGCAGCCACAGGGCGGGGUGUCCCACAUGCCGGGCAUGAUGCCCCACCAGGGCUUAGGCCAGCAGCUGGUCCACCCGGCGCCAGGAGAGGGGGCUCAAAUGCAGAACCAGUGGAGGCAACCUUUGGCAGGUCAGAUGCUGAUGUCCGGCGGUCAGAGGGGGGCCGUGCCCCAGCCCGGCAUGCCUCAAGUGUCCAGUGUGAUGGAGGACGAAAUCCUCAUGAACCUCAUCUGAUCCGGAGCUUUUUGGACUCAGGAGCUUUGCUGCAGCUCGGACAUUUAAGUCUGCUGUUCGACAUCAUUAAGAAAACCAAUCAUGAGCAGUUUCUUUCUUCCCUUUUCUUUUUUUUUACCCGGACUGAGCAGCUGGAGUUAAUUAGGGGCAGACAAUGCCAGCAUUAGUUUUUCAUGUAACGGUCAAGCCACGGGCGCGCUAAUCCCCCCCCCCAGCCUCACACUGGACGGAGCCUGUGGAAAGACUCACUCGUCUAUAGGUUUGACGUUUUAUCAUCGAAAUCUGAAAGUGUACAUUUUUUUUUUAAGCGAGAUAUAACUUUUCCUAUCGGUUAUUUUCUUUUUUUUUUAAGCAUUCAUCAGGUUUUUUUUUUGUGUUUUUUUUU